UCGUAUUGUCCAUAUUCAUUUUGGUUAUGUAUUCCUUCUUUGUGGGUUUCAGGCUGGUCAUCUGCUUCUUGUUUAAGCCAUACAUGAUUGCAGUCCAGAGCAACAACAUAGCUGUUGUAAAUGAGGCUUUGAAUGAAAUCUAUGUUGAAGAGGAGGACUAUGAGAGGCUGCGGGAGUCAAUUGAUAUGCACAAUAACUUCGAUCAGAUAGGACUUGCACAGAAGGUAAACGAGAUUGCUUGGAACACAACAGGAGACAUUUUCUUUCUUACUACAAGAAAUGGUAAGAAGAAAUUCCAAGAUGCCUGAUUGCAGAAAGGAAGAUGA